CACGUUACCCGCGUCGUGACAUCGCUCUCACAACAAAAAAGCUAUAAAAACAUUUCCAAAAUCUCAGUUUCUCACUUUCACCCAAAGUUCCGAUUCCGAACCAUCACACUGAGUUCAAUAUUCCGCAAUCCACUUUCCGCAAUCAGUUUUCCCCUCUCUCAAACCAGAAUUGAGAAUGAUAAUUGUACCUCUCCUAAUUCUGGAAUCAAGCUGAAUUUUAGGGACUAGGGUUUACAGGAUGGAGAUGGCAAGUGCUGCUCCAGUUCCCGUUUCCUGGAUUCCCGAAGACGACCUCCUCUUGAAGAACGCCGUCGAGGCUGGUGCAUCCUUAGAAGCCCUUGCUAGAGGGGCAGUACGAUUUUCCCGCAGAUUCACGUUGCAAGAGCUGCAAGACCGUUGGCAUUCUCUCCUGUAUGAUUCUGAUGUUGCAGCUCCAGCUUCUGCUCGCAUGGUUGAGCUUGAACUUUCAGGGAUCAAUCCAUUGUCAAAGUUUAAUAAAUCUGAUAAUUUUAAAGGAAGCAAAGAUGUUGUUGGAAAGAGGAAAGUAGACAGCAUUCGUAAACAAUACUAUGCGAUGCGGAAGAAAUUUCGAAGUGAAUUUUUCAACUCCACAGAUCUAGGCUUUCUGGAUGAGCCAAAUGUACAUGAAUGCAAUGGACAUGGAACUGAUUUUAGGCAGCAUGUUAGAAUUGAUGCUCAGUCUCGUGAUGGGAACUAUAUGCUUGGGAAUUGUAUCUCAGAUGACCUUGGGCUUCAAGAAUCAGAUCUGGAUAUCUUGCGCAAUGCUUUCCCAGAAGCACUUGAAGACAUGCCUGUCACAUCUGCCAUUGCGAAUUCCCGUAUAGCCUAUAACAGUAGGUGUUCAAUUUCAGUAGACAAUAAUAGUCCAGAUGGAGUUCUAAGAGAAAGUAGGUUUUUGGAAGAGUUUUCCGCUUCAUCAUUAAGAGAAGAGAGGAGGAAUUCUUUUCAGCCUGAUAUGGAAGACAGAGAAAUUCCUGAUGUUCUUAAAGACAAUUCCAUUGACUUUGAAAAGUGCUUGGGUGUUAAGCGGCCCUGCCUAUCACAGUUAUCUCCCGAGAGAAAGAUCUUUGGUGGUCCUGAAGGAAAACAGUUGUCUACCUUUCACUCAAGAAGUGACAACCAUCAAAAUAUCUGUAGGGGUCUUUGUGGAUUUGGAAGCAGACAGCAUUCCCACUCCCCAAACUCAGGAGCAAUGGUGGGGGUCAGGACUGGUAGCACUGAUUUUAUUGAUUCAUCAGCUACCUCAGAUGGUGAAUUCACGGAUCUCCCAGAUUCACUCUUGAACCUUUCAAAUGAGGAUGAUAUCCUCUUGAUGGAAGUGGAUGGGAAAGAUUCAGCGGACAACUUGUGUAAAGCUAAUCUUAAGCUCCUCCCAGAUUCUCCUAGCGAUAUUCCAGAAGGUGGUUCAGACAACCGUGAAUCUGAAGUAGUUAAUGAUUCGAAUGCAAAUGUUGCAGUUCCUGAUGAUUUCAAUCCUUUAGGAUCAGAAGUGAACACUUCCUCCCUGCUUAGGCAAGAUGUAAGAUCUGACUGUGAAGUUAAUUUGUCAUCCGCAUCAUCAUUAAAUCCUGAUAUAAGACAGCUUACUGAUGGGAAUAUGCAUUGUACACUGAACACUGAGGAUACGGAAAUUCCUUGUAAUGACGAUAUCUUCUUGCUUAUCCACCCUUCUACAUCAUUUGCUUCGACUGCAACUCAACCAAUUGGUCAAAGUUCCAUGGACCUGUCAUCAGCUAGUAUUAAAAAUGAACAAAGAGUUAACUCCUUCACUCGUGGAAAAGAUUCCGUCAAAUCUUUUGCAUGGACUAAUAAGGUUGCACCAAACAUCUUUGGAGAAACACGCCCGGUGCAGCCAUCCGUCAAUACUGCCCAUGUAAAGGUGUCUGGUACUACUGCUUUGCCGGCACUUCCUGGUGAUGCUAAGAAGGGUGCUGGAGUCGCAUGUCAAAGCAGAUCAUUUACUGCAAAUGCAGAAGUAUCUAAAGAUGAUGUGCGAGAGGAGGAUAUUGCUAGAGUUAGAGGGGUGGGGCACCCUCCUGCUACUUUCAUCAAGAUGCCACAAUUUGGCGAAUCAAGCUCUGUCAGAGCGGCUGCUACAGAGCCAGCAAUUAACCCUUCAACAUCAGAACUGGAAGAACCUCAGAGCGAUGACGAUGUACCUUAUUUUUCUGAUGUUGAAGCUUUGAUACUAGAUAUGGACUUAGAUCCACAAGAUCAAGACCCAUAUACAACUAGGCAAGAGUCAAAGUAUCAGGCUGAAGACUUCAAAAGGACUACCAUCAGGUUGGAACAGUGUGCUCGUUCUUGUUCGCGAAGAGAAAUGACACCUCGAGGGGCCUUUGCUAUCCUAUAUGGACGUCAUAUGAGGCACUAUAUUCGGAAGACCGAGGUCAUACUUGGAAGAUCCACUGAAGAUGUUGAGGUUGACAUUGAUUUACGAAAAGAAGGCCGAGCUAACAAAAUAUCUCGGCGUCAGGCAAGCAUCAAGAUGGAAUCGGAUGGAUCCUUCUGUCUGAAGAAUCUAGGGAGGUGCUCAAUAGCAGUGAAUGGCAAGUCAGUUGAUACUGGACAGUAUCUGACUCUUAGCACUAGUAGUGUGAUAGAGAUACGGGAAAUGACUUUUAUGUUUGAGAUGAACCACAAGUAUGUCAAGCAGUACAUACACAGCAUUAACCAGAACAAAGGAAGGCUUGGCAAGUUUGAAUGGUCACCUGAAAGGAAACCAUGACGAACACCUUUAAGGUACCAUUGUUAUCCUUGUUCUAUUUUGUAAAUUAGCCUUACAUUGAAUGAAUAUCCUUCGUCGAGGAUCAGUUUCUUCUGUUCAUUAAUGGAUGUGUAAAGUGUUAAUAUCUCCUUAUGUUCCUGUCUAAAGGUCAUCUAACCUGCCCAGAUCCCCUUACCACCUUGUUUCUUUUCUUCAUCUCUAUUCCUGUGGUUUUACUGGGACUUUCAGUUUUCUCUUCCAGAGUAAUUUUAGUAAACAGUUCUGGAGGAGAGGGAUUAAGUCGCAUUUCUGUUUCUUCAAGGUGUUUGUAAAAGUAAGAUGUUUUUAACUAUUAGAUGUGUAAAUGGAAUUAUCAAAUGUUUACAGAAGAAUUUAUCUACGGUUAUCUAGA